GUUACAUCGACCAACUGAAUACAUAUAGACGCGACAACGACUCGGCUGGCUGUUGAUUUUUUGGGAGCCCGAGAAUAGGUGAUGCUAAACUCACUUUUUAUCGGAUGCUUUGAAUAUGGGUUUGGCCGUUUGGUUUCCAGAUCUCGAUGUCGCCUUCGUUGCCAUGAACGAAUUGUUCCUCACGGGGCCACGUUUUCCGAUGGAGUUAUAGUCAUUCUAUUAUCAGCGAUUGACUGGACAGCAGAUUACUUACUUAACCAGGUUCCUCUUUUUGCGUGCUGUCGAGAUUACGAUGGGCUCAGGGUAAACACGCUGGUGUGUGGGAUUUAUUUUAGAUGCCUUCUGAAUUUUUCCAUAACAUGGGCUGGAUUGCCUUGUUUGGACGGUCCAUCCGAUGUGCGUUGGUCAUGGGGACAAGCACUCGUGUGGUCUUUCUGUUCCACCCCUGGGCUCAUCAUUAUCCCGAGCACGCGUCGUAAUGGACAAUACGCCUUCGGAGGGUUUUGCUUGUCCUGUAGGGAGGUUUCUCUAGAUUCUUAUUUCUCUGUAGGCCGUCCGCCUUGUCGAUAAAAUUCCCAAUGCCCAAGUCAUUCCUCUGAGAACUAUGAGAUUAAUAUGUCAGAGGUCGGCUGAAACUCACAAGAUGCACUCCUAUAUGGGAAUAGUUGUCAUUCUCGCCCUCUUUACCCUUUCGUACCUGAAGUAAGGUAGUGACGACAUG